AUGAAUGCUCGAUGGGUUAGCUAUUUGCAGAAGUUUCCCUUCAUUAUUCAACACAAGUCCGGCAACCAGAACAAAGUGGCGGACGCGCUAAGUAAGAGAGCUUCCCUGUUGGUUACUUUGUCCAAAGAGAUCGUGGGGUUUGAGUUCCUCAAAGAUUUUUAUGCCACUGAUCUCGAGUUCAAAGAGCUUUGGGUAACAUGUUCGCAGCAACACCCACAUGCCGAUUAUCAUGUCCGUGAAGGACACCUCUUUAAGGGGGAUCAUCUUUGUGUUCCCAUUUCGUCCUUGCGUGAGAAGCUUAUUCGGGAUUUACAUGGCGGGGGGUCUCGCAGGCCAUUUGGGACGAGACAAGAUCAUUGCAAGCUUGGAGGAACAGUUAUUUUGGCCCCAUCUUCGUCGCGACGUUGA